GACGCUGCGGCGCGUUAUAAUGGCAUCACGUCCCAGAACGUGCAGAAGUCAACUCAACACCUGUAACAGAAAAUUCCAAACAAAACGACGCCGACUCUCCUUCCUCAUGGAUUAUUUUUGACAAUGCACCGGCAGGUUACAGGUGCAGCUGGGGUCUGGCAGCAGUGACAUGGCGCUGUGCUGGGGUGGUUUGUUGGUGUUGGCGGCCUUGUCCCGGGCCCUGGGCUCUCUGCAGCUUUCAGAGGAGCAUUCUGUGCCAGAAGAAUGGGCCCUUCUCCAUGUCGUGCAAGGCCACAUAGGGGCGGGAAACUACAGCUACCUGCGUCUGAACCACGAAGGACGCAUUAUCCUGCACAUGCAAAGCCUUAAAGGGGAUGCGGAUCUCUACGUCUCGGACAAGACGCUGCGGCCAAACUUUGAUUCCUACAAGCUUCAGUCUACCACCUGCGGCCAGGAUGUGGUGGUCGUCCCGGGGGAUUUUCUCAGGCCUGUUGGAAUCGGGAUCUAUGGACAUCCCUCCUACAUGGAGAGUGAGUUUGAGAUGAAGGUGUUUUAUGACCAGACAGCACUGAAAGAAGGUAAAAUUGAGAAAAACUCUUAUCCUUCAGAUGAGACUCCUGGUCAGUCUCAACACUCUCAGGGCCCCGAUGAUGUGAUGGAAGAAGAGGAAUCCAUCCUGUGGACUAUUCUAAUUGGGAUUCUUAAGAUCAUACUUGAAAUUUUGUUCUGAUUUUUGAUGUGCCAGCUGGCAAAAUAUCACAUUUGCCACAACAUUCUUCCCAUUUAGAUCAAAUAAACAGAUUUUUUUUUUUUUGACAGAGGAUUAGAAAUUCUUUGUCUGAAGUUGUGUUUAAAUAUUGCGCGGCACCUCAACUACUAUACGGAUUAUGUUCAUUUCUGCCAUAGUUUUCUUAAUAUGUCAUCUAAUUUGACUAACAUUUAUAAUUUGCAUAUCAACACAACUUGAUAUGUUAAACACAAGGGUCUUUCUUUUGACCUGAUUUAUUCUCUUCUGACAUUUUAUUGAUUGAGUUAAAAAAAAAUGUUGUGUGGCGCUUUUUUUUUUUGUCUUUUACUGACCUUGGGAUGUAAAUUCUAGGUUUUAAACUGCACUAUGCAAUCACACAAAUCACCUUGUGAUGAAGGCUGUAUGGCUGUGCCUAUUGUAAAGAGUCUGUUGGCUAAUAAACAGCAAAAAAACUUCUGCACCUGUAGUUGUAAGAUACAAAUUAAAGAAUCACUUAUUUUUGAAAAUUU